UCAGAACAUGAGAGGAAAUCUCUAGAAAUUGAGGAGACUUCCCUUCUUAGACAGCUGUCAUCAGAACAGGCUUCUUCAUAUGAAAAUUUGCCUUCAACUUGCCUUCUGGUGGCAACUCUAAAAUGUUGGAUUUCCUUUCAAAGCCUUGUCUGGACUCAGGGGCGGACUGACAACUCAUGGGGCCCCCUGGCAAUAAGUGAUCAUGGGGCCCCUGUGUCCUUGCCCAAACUCAAAAAAGCCUAUGAAAAAGGUACCAGGGGCAUCUCAUGGGGCCCCCUACUGACCCCGGGCCCUCGGGCAGUGCCCGGGUUUCUAAAUGGUCAGUCCGCCCCUGUUUGAC